CGGUGCACUGCUCAGUCAUUUAGGAAAACAGAAGUACGGGACUGGAUUUAGUAUCGGUAGAUACCGAGCGUGAAAGGACUCAGACAGAGGUCGGGACUGAAAAUACUGGAUGGGGAUCCUCCUGGAGAGAAAGCUGGACGCCCUCUGCGAGAGUCUCUGCUGUGGCCCUGGACUCAUCUCUAGGACCCAUCCACACAUUUAUUUUCUUCUCACGAAUCACACUGUGAACGAGAACACUGAAACAUCUGUGCAUGAAGCUCCGUGAACACUCAACAUUGACCAAAAAGACCGAAAAGCAAAAGCGAUCGGAAAGAAUGACUCAAUGAAAACCGUGUCCAUGUUCACCAGAGAGCUUUUCACAGACACGACUCUGUUGCUGGAUUAGUGCUUCAUGCUGAGUUUACCUGGUGCUGAUCAGGCUGAAGAGCCCUGAAGACGAACAGAUACAGACAUGAUCCCUUAUUCUCCCUGAGAAACUGACCAAUCAGCAGUCAGGAUGAUGCCCAAGCAGCUGGCUCAGACGUCUCCAGGGAGUGUGUUGUCACUGAGAGGGCCCAGCGUCCCAGGAUCCCCUGCCGCCGCCAUCGUGGCCAGAAUGGAGGAUGGGGUCAUCGGCUAUAAGGACUUGGCAGCGUUACCGAGAGACAAAGCCAUCCUGGAUAUAGAGAGACCAGACCUGAUGAUCUACCAGCCGCACUACAGCUACAGUCCACUGGAGAGGUCCUUGUCUCCUCGCUCCAUCUCUCCUCCUCCCUCCCCAGAGAACCUCUCUAAGGAGUGGCUGGAGAACCGGUCUCCUGGAGGUUCCUCCCCUGGUUCCACCAUCCAGACCAGCAGAACACACAGCGCACACACGCCGCCAACGCCGCACACACCAAACACGACAAACCCAACCCACACACACUCCUCUGGUACCAAGAGCAUCCUGCAGCACUUCCACAGGCCUGAAAAUGGUACCAACAUCUAUAAGAAGCCUCCCAUCUACAAACAAGACGGGUCGUCCUCUGUGGUCCCUCAGGGGAAACACAUCGAGGACCUGAUCAUCGAGUCGUCAAAGUUUCCAGCAGCUCAGCCUCCAGACCCAAACCUGCCCUCCAAGAUAGAGACCGACUACUGGCCCUGCCCCCCUUCCCUGGCUGUGAUCGAGAAGGAGUGGAGGAGGAAGGAGCGGAGGGAUGAGGAAGAGGAGGAGGAUGGGGAGCUGGAUGAUGAGUUGUGGGGGCUGAGAGCUCUUCAGAAACAAGAACUCAACAAGAUUCAGUCUAAUCUGGGAAAAAUCAUCCUGAAGGAGGAGUUGGAAAAGUCUGCAGCUCCUCUGAGGAGGAAAACUCGCUCGCUGCCGGACCGCAGCCAAAACACCGUUACCUGCCCCUCUCCAGGGUCCAACGCCUCCAAGUCCGUGUACUUCCCGGCCUCCUCUAAGACCGGCCUGUCCAGGGUAGGUACCGCUGGACACCAACGUCCAAUCGCAGCGGAGUUACGCCACGACAGUGACCAACAUGUUUCUGCUCGUUUUCAGCUGCAGUCGGCAGAGUUCAGCUCCUCGGAGAAAACUCCUGCAGGUCUUCAGAAUGGAGACUCCAGGAUGGACAGAGGAAACUCCCUCCCCAGCAUGUUGGAACAUAAGAUGUACCCCUAUGAGACGCUGGUGGUGACUCACAGAGGACGGAGCAAACUGCCACCUGGUGUGGACAGGACCAGACUGGAGAGACACCUGUCUCAGGAGGAGUUCUUUGGUGUUUUCGGGAUGUCCAUCCAGGAGUUCGAUCGCCUCUCUCUGUGGAAGAGGAACGACCUGAAGAAGAAGGUCUUCCUCUUCUGACGCCGCUGGGACUCCGUCUCCCACAACCCCCUGCUCUUCCUGGAUCACCGGCAGGAUGCUGAAACCACAGACUCUGAACAAAACGUCAUUAUCAGCAGCACAGACACCGUCAUCGUCGUCAUCGCAGCCGCAGCAGCCGCUCACUGUGGGUCAGUGCGUAGACUUCGGGUUCGAUGUCGACUCUGACGUGACUCACAGUGAGGGUCUGACGCAGACAAACGCCGAGCGCUUUUAGAUUUUCUGCUGCACACAUUUUAAAGCUCUUCAGAAAAUUUGCUUUAGUCUCUAGACGUCUGUCGACGUUCACUCGCGACAAAACUACUGAGCGAGCGCAAAGGAUCGAGCUGAUAGUCAGGACUUCGGAGCGUGAGGGACGGAUUUGGAAGCGCAGAGCAGGUUUUGAAUGAGCCUGAGCAGAGUUAGGAGAGAGAGCGAUGUUUGAACCACGAGAGAAGAACAGCAAAGAGCGGCUUUUAACGGCUUUCCCUCGUCUACAAACCCCAGAGGAAAAUGAAGUGAUUUAGGCUUUAGAAGCUUUAACCGCAGAACGCAAACCCCUCCCCGGUUGUUCUCAGACUGUUGGACUUCAAAUUGAAUCAUUUCUGCUGGUGUAACUGGGCACCGUGUCAGGGAACUUCCCAGUUUGCCCAGUCAGUCGGUGAAAAAGGAGGAGUCCGUGUCCCGCGGAAGCCCGUGGAAGCGCAUGCAUCCCCUCGGAGCGGCAUGAAACGAGGACCCGGGCUGAAGAAUCUGCGUUUAGAGCUCAGGGUUUAGCUCAGGAGCGUCACAGUAAGUUUGUAGGGCGGGAGGAGAAAAGGGAGGGUUAGUAUGUUACAGUGUUCCGCAGCUGCACCUGCACCUCAGUCCAGUUUUAGCUCGUGGAGCUCAGGCGUGUGGUUGCGGUGGCGAUGUCCUGGGACGUAAAGUUCAUUCUGCUGCCGGUCUCACCGGAGUCUCUCUGGACUACAGAAGGCUCUGUGUUGAUCUCACUACUUCCGUUGGCUCGGAGCUGAGUUUUUGAGUUUUUUCUCUCGGGGCCCUCUGAGGCCACAGACCGAGGCGUUCCUGCUGUUUGCUCCGAUUUAGUUUCGCCAGACCGGAUUCGUUCAAACUGAGCUUCCGGCUGCGGAGUUCCCGCUGACUCCGAGUCGGGUUUCCGUACGAGGGAGUUCCUAUUGGCUUAGCCGGCUACGAUGUCAUAGUGACAGCAUUUGUUUCCCUGCACCGAAAAGAAAAACAAGGAGACAGUUUGACGGCAGAGGUUCGGUCUGAGUCACAUCCAGCAGCCAGACGCUAACGGCCCCUGAUUCCCGCUGAGGUUCAUAACUUAAUAUUUUCUGAAAGUGCCACAAGUAGACUCGACUGAUCUGUACUUAAAUAUUCAGACUUCAACGUCCUCAAAGUCCCAACCAGUAGUGGAACCACAGCGGAUUCUGUCUGUUAAUUCAGCCUUUGGCUUUACUUUACGCCUUCAGGAUGAAAGGCCGACGUCUUUAUAAGAAAUUUAAUUUGGAGGAAAGACCCUGAACUCCUCUCGCCUCAGGCCAAAAAUGCAUUUAUCUGAUCCUCAAAGCCUCUCUGCAUCACACAUUUUCUUAUCCAGGACAACCAGGACUAUUUGAAAAUGAAGCAAUAAUUCAUGUAAAUGACUGCAUUACUGAUUUAUGAAGGAUUACACGUCUGCAGAAUUAAGGUUCGGCCAAGACAUUUUGCUACAAAAUGCAUUUUUUACAGUUACAAAGGUGUCAAAUAUGAGAGAAACAAUACAAACAAUACCCGACACGAAAAGUGCAGCAACAAACCAUCGCUGACAGCAUCUUUUUCUCAGGUUUUACUCAAAUCAAAUCUCGUUUUGAAAGCAUCCUUUAAGCCGUUUCCAAAUUUAGAAGCGCACGUGUCCCAUGGACGACGAUAACAGCAGGUAAUUAUAGGAGCAGAGCUAUAAAAGAGCUGCACCGUGAGCACGUCGCACCCAAACAGUGGAAAGGUGGGACUGAGUGUGUGACACGUUCAAGGACUCAGAUGACUGGAAGUGAGAGCUCAGACUGUUUCCAGCCGAUUCUUGAGACGUUUAGAAGAUUUUUUCAGUUAAAAAUACUUCCUGUCAACCCUCGGACGUCUUUCCCUGUGAUGAAACUGUCUCCUCCUCGUUUUCUUAUUUCUAUUUCAGCAAAGGCCACUGCCCUGUUUUAUCUAAGAACACCACACACACACACACACACACACACACACACUCCCGAGCGAGUUUUUGCAGUGCAGAAUAACAGUAAUAACCUUCAAAGCCGAGCUCCGAGCAGAGACGCGGUCCGGUGGGUGCGUGACAGCACCACGGCUGAACGCUGUCUCUGCACGGCUCUGGUUUGUCCAAUCGGCAGGUGGUAGACAUUUAGCCAGCGCUAGUGUUGCUUCGUGACCAAAUGAUGUGCAGCUAUUUUUUAACCUAGACAGAGAAGGAGCAUGUUUGUUAUUAAAAUCUAAAAUGUAAAGUCAUUUAUCAAUAUAUGAAUGUUGAACAGAAAAUGAUCCACUUUCACCAUCAAAGAGAAAAAGACGAUGGACGGAUGAAAGACACUAAAUGGACAGAUUUUCCUGGACUUUUCUUAGGACAACAGAGGAAUGAUGGGAAAUCACUGGACAUUUUUCGCCUCAGCUGAGCCGAUGAACAUCUUCGUGGUGACUCUUCGGUCGGUCUGGGACGACUUCAGCACCCGUAGUUCUAUAUCUAUAAUGUAUUAAUGUCCACCAGCAUCACACCUGAUCUCCGUAGGUCAAAGCUAAUGAAUAGUCAACCUGUUUAACACCAUGAACUCGUUCACAGCAGCACAGGUGUCGAUUCAUGACUCAACCUCAUUUAAAGGUGCAACGUGAAGGAUUUUAUGUGUCAAUAAAUCAAAGCCAGAUUAACACAGACAGUUCAGUAUAAUGACCGUGAAGCACCGAGACAACUGUCGGCCUCUGUCUCACCCGUCAGACCCCAGAUCGGCCACGUCGCCGUUUUAAAAAGGGUUUUUCCAUCCGGUUUCCUCUGGUCCUGUCCUGUCAGUUUGGUCGAUAAGGUUCACGUGAGCCAAGUUGAUCCCGCAAGGAGGAAUUGUUGGGGCGUGGUAAAUGGCAGGGAGGCCGCCGCGUUUUGGCGUUUAACACUCCCAGCACCUGCUUUCGUUGGCCACAUUUCAGCUCAGGGUCCUGCCAGAGUCUCGUCGAGAACCGUGCAUUGUGUUCUGAUCUGACUUGAUGCAGAACUGGCUGAAUAACUUCUAAAUAUUCUGUCCGUCUAUCUGAUGAGGUCCAGUUGAUCCUGGCUCGACUUUGAGUUACCAGGCGUCAUUUAAAAGCACAAAACCAGUCCGUUUUUGUUUCCGAUGUGUAUAUCUGUCAAAUUUAAGUUAGUCCACGAAAGAGAGAAUAAGAUGUUAAAAACAUGGCACUGUAACCUGUAAGCAGGUGUCUCAGGAACGAGAUUCAUUAUAAUCAGUUUUACAUAUUUGCAUCGACACUUGAACUGGUACCAUUCAAACUUUUCAAACCCCAAACUUGGCCACGAUCGAACGUGUCGCGUUUUGCGACGUCGCCUCACAUAAACUGCAAACUAA